ACAAUCUUAGCAAAUCCCCCUUUUAUAUAUUGUCUCUACUGCAAGCUUACUCUCUGCUUUAGCCAGCAGCCCCCACAUUCAAAACCCUAGGUGAAAGAGAUAGAAAGGUGUUAAAAAAUGGUUCAGCGACUUACUUAUCGGAAGCGGCACAGUUAUGCCACCAAAUCGAACCAGCACCGGGUCGUCAAAACACCUGGAGGAAAGUUGGUGUACCAGACCACAAAGAAGAGGGCAAGUGGUCCUAAGUGCCCUGUUACUGGCAAGAGGAUUCAAGGGAUUCCUCACUUGAGACCUGCUGAAUAUAAGAGGUCUAGAUUGUCAAGAAAUAGGAGAACUGUGAACCGGGCUUAUGGUGGUGUGUUGUCUGGUGGUGCUGUCAGAGAAAGGAUUAUUCGGGCCUUUUUGGUUGAAGAACAAAAGAUUGUGAAAAAGGUCUUGAAGAUUCAGAAGGCUAAGGAAAAGCAAUCCUCUAGAACUUGAGAUUGAAAUUUCUAAUGACUUGGAUGAUUUGUCGAAAUAGCCAAUUUUAGUGAGUUGUGGAAAGUAUUGAGGGUAUUCCAAUUUGAAUUUUGUUCGGGCUCUUGUGAACUGUGUUUUCUAAUCAUCUAUUUUGUAAGUUGUCUACAAAUUAUUCUGCAAUUUUGUUCCGUUUUAUUAUUCAUGUUUUGAUGUUCUCUUGAACUCAUUCGUGGUUGACAUGUUACCUGUAAUGACAGAUUACUUGGUUACUGCAAUUACUGGUUUUAUUACAAAUUAUAUUGGAUUGUUGGGUUA